AUGAGAAUAACUGACACAUUCAUUUUUUCAACUUGUUUGUCAUUAGCCCUGGCUACAGGCAAUUAUUCUGUGACUAUGGAACAAUGUCUGAACACUCAACAUGACGAUUAUGUCUCCCCAGCCAUUAUCUGGUAUUACUAUGCCCAGUACGGGCCUACCCUUAAGCAAGCGACAUAUUAUCCGUUAUGGCAGUUGUAUGACAUUGGUGAAGUAGAUAAAUCUUUAAAGCAGUGGUACGACAUGUACCCAUACGAAGAAGGUGAAGACUUUAGCAUCCAACUUGAUUACGACAUAUCGGCAGCCCUAGAUGACCACGUUGAGAGGCUCGAAUGUGCCUUGUUACUACUGGAAGCCAAAGGUGCUGAAAAGUCAGAUCUGUAUGCUAGACUAGCAAACAAAUACAACGACUGGCUUAAUAAUGGGAUAGAAAAGAGAGAAAGCUAUUCUACACAAUGCUCACCGGAAUUAUUUGGCAAAUUAAGAGGGUUUUGUGGAUGCUUCGAGGGAAUCCAUGAAUCCAUACCUUUCUGGUAA